AUGGCUCACUACGCUCAAGGCAUCCGGGACGACACCUUCGCGUCGUACGACUUCGGCUGCAGCUGCGUGCGUCUCCUGGGGAUCAACCUCUGCUCGUCGCUCAUUUGCAAGAACAAGGCUGUGUACGGCAGCUUCGACCCGCCCGUCUACCCAGUCGGCAAGAUGGUCUACCCGCGCACGGGCUUCUACAUUGGCGCCACCGACACGUUCGCGACCUCCACCGACAUCGCGCAGAUCCGGUCCGCACUACCCAGCGGCACCAUCGUGCACGAGAAGCCCGUCGCAGCCUUCUCGCACCUGGACUUCACCUGGGCCCAGAACGCCAACGAGCUCGUGUACCAGGACCUGCUGGCACAGCUCAAGAAAUACGCCGGCAAGGAGUACUGA